UAGCAGCAACGCCGUGCGGGUGCGGCGUGCGCCCGCGUGCCCGUGCUCGUGCUGUACCCCUCUAUAUAAUCCCUCGCAUGCAGCGCCUAGCCACUAGCCAGCGCUCCACCGACGCCGCCGCGCGCACGCACGUACGUACGCCGCCCGACAACGACGACGACACGCCCGGUGAAGCGGCAUACGGAUACAGUGCGCGCCGCGCGGCAUGGGGGUGACCACCGCCGGUGAAGCGGCCUGCAAGUCCCCGGCGGUGCGGGCCUCGGUCAUCGUCAGGCUCAACGCCGCGUUCCUCGCCUUCUUCCUCUUCGCCUACCUGGCGCUCCUCCUCCACCCCAAGUACUCGGACAUCCUCGACCGCGGCGCCACCUCCCUCGUCCGCUGCACCUUCCGCGACUCCUGCCCACCGCCGGCGCCGUCGUCGUCGUCGUCGACCCAGCUCUCACGGAAGCUGGGAGGCGUGGCGGCGAACAAGGUGGCGGCGGCGGCGGAGCGCAUCGUGAUCGUGAACGCGGGGCGCGCGCCGGCCAUGUUCGACGACCUCCGUGGCCGUCUUCGGAUGGGCCUGGUGAACAUCGGGCGCGACGAGGUGGUGGCGCUGGGCGUGGAGGGCGACGCGGUGCGCGUGGACUUCGACCGCGUCUCCGAGACGUUCCGGUGGUCGGACCUGUUCCCGGAGUGGAUCGACGAGGAGGAGGACGACGAGGGCCCGUCCUGCCCGGAGCUCCCCAUGCCGGACUGGUCCCGGUACGGCGACGUGGACGUGGUGGUGGCGUCGCUGCCGUGCAACCGCAGCGCGACCGGGUGGAACCGCGACGUGUUCAGGCUGCAGGUGCACCUGGUGGCGGCGCAGGUGGCGGCACGGAAGGGCCGGCGCAACGGGGCCGGCGCCGGGGCCGUGCGCGUGGUGCUGCGGAGCCAGUGCGAGCCCAUGAUGGACCUGUUCCGCUGCGACGAGGCGGUGGGACGGGAGGGGGACUGGUACAUGUACAGAGUCGACGUGCAGCGCCUGGAGGAGAAGCUCCGCCUGCCCGUGGGCUCCUGCAACCUCGCCAUGCCGCUCUGGGGAGCAGGAGGGAUCCAGGAGGUGUUCAACGCGUCGUCGGAGCUGGCGACGUCGCCGUCGUGGUCGGGCGGGCGUCCCCGGCGUGAGGCGUACGCGACGGUGCUGCACUCGUCGGACACGUACCUGUGCGGCGCGAUCGUGCUGGCGCAGAGCAUCCGGCGCUCGGGGUCCACCCGGGACCUGAUCCUCCUCCACGACCACACGGUGUCGAAGCCGGCGCUCCGGGCGCUGACGGCGGCCGGGUGGACGCCUCGCCGGAUCAAGCGGAUCCGCAACCCGCGCGCGGCGCGGGGCACCUACAACGAGUACAACUACAGCAAGUUCCGGCUGUGGCAGCUGACCGACUACGACCGCGUGGUGUUCGUGGACGCCGACAUCCUGGUGCUCCGCAGCCUGGACGCGCUGUUCGCGUUCCCGCAGCUCACGGCGGUGGGCAACGACGGGUCCCUCUUCAACUCCGGUGUGAUGGUGAUCGAGCCGUCGGCGUGCACGUUCGACGCGCUGAUCCGGGACCGCCGGACCAUCCGGUCGUACAACGGCGGCGACCAGGGGUUCCUGAACGAGGUGUUCGUGUGGUGGCACCGGCUGCCGCGGCGGGUGAACUACCUCAAGAACUUCUGGGCAAACACCACCGGGGAGCGCGCGCUCAAGGAGCGGAUGUUCCGGGCGGACCCGGCCGAGGUGUGGUCCAUCCACUACCUGGGGAUGAAGCCAUGGACGUGCUACAGGGACUACGACUGCAACUGGAACGUGGCGGACCAGCGGGUGUACGCCAGCGACGAGGCGCACAGGCGCUGGUGGCAGGUGUACGACCAGAUGGGGGAGACCAUGCGCGGGCCAUGCCGCCUCUCCGAGCGGAGGAAGGUGGAGAUCGCAUGGGACAGGCACGUCGCCGAGGAGGUCGGGUACGCCGACCAGCACUGGAAGAUCAACAUCACGGACCCAAGGAAAUGGGACUGAUCCACUUUAUUUCGUUCUUGUCUCUCAUGUAUAAUGAUGAUGAUGAUCGACUACGUACCUCCAUCGCGCCUGCUGGUACAUACGCGUACACGUCGUAGCUGAGAGCGAGAUAGCUAGGCACCUCAUCGAGCUCCAUCGUUUCGCCACAUUUUGUUGGUUCGUGGGUUACUUUAAUUUUUCGCUCAUUGUUCAUACUUACACACACAUGAAGGGGCCAGCCGGCCAGGGGAGUAUGCACAGCUUAAUUGGAUUGGUUGGUUUCUCAUUGGUGGAAUAAUGAAUAAGCUCAGUUCGAGUUUCGAGCUAGGUGUGGUCGUGUCAAGUCAGAUGUCUGCAAAACUGUACCUAGGAUCAAAUUUGGGUAGGGCUAAAUCAUUGGACUUGGCCAUGCGCCUUCUUUGAGGUUCAACUUCCAGUGUCUUUUCUCUGUAAUCUUCUUGGUUAUGUUUUUUUAAUAAAUUUUCAGUAGAGGUC